AUGAAGCUUGCCGUCCUGGCAGAUCGUCGUGCGCAAGUGUUGCCACACUUGUGCUUAUCCUGGGGGCAUCGUGGGGAGCACUGGAACAGCAGCGCGGAAAGUUCCAACCUGCAGAAGGCAGAUGCAUGUGCCACAAUUUGGCAGGCUGACUUGCUCCGGUUGUCAAUUCCUACAGUGGUUCCUCGUGGCCAGCCUGCGCAGCACUUAGCCCAAGCGAGCUUGGUGAAACUUCCCAGCUCUCAGCUGGAUGCGCAUAGGCACAUUGUGGCGACAGCCGUGGCCGUGGAGUCGCAGGCAGUACAAGUGCAGCCCGGAGGUGCUGUGCUUCUGCGGACAGAGAGGAGCGAGACGAACCAGCCCAUAGCCACCUGCAAAGGCCAGUUUGCAGGACACUGCGAGUCCUUUCUGAAAGAUGAAUCUCGCUGUCGCUCGGCCUAUGCCCACUGCGAGGCCAAGACUUGCCUGCAGUGUGCCUUUGCUGAAGGCAGAUGCGAAGGACCGGGCUUCGCAAGUACAUGCUACGCGCCUGGAGGCGCCUAG